AUGUCUGACGGUGUCUCCGACUCGAAAGCCGACACAUCCCCCUCGCGUGCCAAGUCGUUGCUCUCGCGCUAUGGCGGUGAGAAUGGUCCGACUGGCCAUGCAUCGAUGGGUGAUUCUGAGUCGCCCGUGUCUCUUAGUUCAUUUAUCGGCGGCAAGGCACAGACCCCACGGCUUGGCAAGUUGGCUGGUGAUGGCCGCACAUCGAUGAGUCCAGACAGUGAGAAAGAGUUCCAGGGCUUGCCGGGUAUGGCCAAGCCAGGUUCUAUGGCCAGCUUUAUGGAGCAGCGCCAGCGUGAAAUGUUCCCGGAACACGCCAAGGAGGCUGUCAGCCCACCUUCCGAACUUGGACCCGAACCUGCUGCAAAGCAAGAGAAGAAGGAGACACCUUCCGUGACAUCGCUUCCAAAGCGCAGCACAUCAGGCAAAGAAAUGGUCGUGCUCAUUUCAGGCUCUGGCAGUAACCUCCAAGCUUUAAUUGAUGCUACAUGCGGCGACAAGCCUGUUAUACCAGACGCUCAAAUCGUGCGUGUCAUCUCGAACCGUAUGAAGGUAUUUGGUCUUGAACGUGCCAGGAAUGUAGAGCCGCCGAUUCCUACUCAAGUCCACAGCCUGAAAACUUACCAAAACCGCAACCCUGGCAAGACGCGCGAUGACUAUGAUCUCGUGCUCGCCGAGCGCGUUUUGGGUGAAGGUCGUCUCCCUGACCUGAUUGUCCUGGCUGGGUUUAUGCACAUUGUAUCAGAAACCUUUUUGAGCGCCUUGGGUCAUGAGACCUCGUUGGCAUCGCCGCCAGCGUUCAGCAAACGUCCACCGCACCCGAUCCCCAUCAUCAAUUUGCACCCUGCGCUGCCUGGUGCGUUCGAUGGUGCGGGAGCAAUUGAGCGUGCCUAUGAAGCGUUCCAAGAAGGAAAGAUCGAGCAUACAGGUGUUAUGGUGCACAAGGUUGUGGCUGAGGUCGACCGCGGUGCGCCUAUUAUUGUGCGCAAGGUGCCUAUUUAUAAGGAGGAUUCUCUGGACGACCUUGAAACCAGGAUGCACAGCGUUGAGCAUGAAAUUAUCGUUGAAGCCGCUGCCAAGGUUCUUGCAGGUGCAGAAGAGAUGGCUGUCGAGCCAGUUCCACCUGUGCACUCCCAAGAGCCCACUGUUUUCUUACGUUGGGGCAAGGAUAAGUCAUGGACGCCUGUGCCUCAACCCCUUGUUGUAUACGACUCAGACGUGAUCUGGGUCCAAGGAGCCACACCAUUCCUAUGGCUUGGCCAUGCUGUCACAGACGGCUGGGAUGCUGUGCUGCCCAAGGGGGACUGCGCAAAGAUCCAAGCGUCUGCGACAAUUAUUCAUCAAGGCCGUGAACCUACCACCUUUUUGCAAGUGGUUGGCGGUGUGCUAGUAACGCGACAGGGUGAGCCUGAUGCGUCUGAGCCAACAGAGCAGCUGUUCACUGUGCGUCAUGGCGAGCAUGGCAUCUAUAUCGACGAGGUAGCGUUUGCCGCUGCGUCAGUCAGUGCCGCCUUUAGUGCUGUGGCUUGUACGUCUCGGGGUCUCUUUGUGUGGCACGGCUUAGGCAGUGGAUCUGAGCAGCGUGAACAUGCAACGAAAUGGGCACGCUUGCUAGGUUCUUCCAGCAAGGAACUUGAUUCGUCGUCGUUCUUUGCCUUAUUUAAAGAUGACGUCUACGCUGACGGUUGGCACCAUCGUCACCGCACUUCGCUUCCACCAUCGCAGCGCGAAGCUGUGAUGUAUUCUCCUGCUUCAUCAUCCGCUCCUGUACCGUUCUCACUAGGCGCUAUUCAGUCGAAUGCUAUCACUCUGGUGGACGGCCGUCUCGAGAUCUAUGUGAUUGUCGGUGCGCAGGCUCGUGGCGAUCGCAAGGGCAUUGACGCCGCCUUGGCACGUGCUGAAAAGUUGGCCCAGCGUAGUGAUCCGACACAAAUGCAGCCUGCUAUCCAUGUCCUUGUGCUUCCUAGCGUGGCUCCCCUGGACUUGGUAACUUUGGCGCGCGAUCCCUGGUACGCCAACGUGUUCACAGCGGAGGCGGACAAAUCCACUGCCAUCUUUAUGAAUGUGCACUCAUUGGCCGAAGCGAAGGCUCAGCUGGCUGGUGCACGGCCUGCGCCUCCCUCCACGCUUCCGACCAAUCGCAAUUUCUUGCCCGUGGGGGUGCAACCCGGUGCAUAA